GGUUGAUUAGGGCUCCAUCGCUUUCCUUCUUCCACGGGAGAGUUAACUCACCGCCUCCAUUUUUGUUAAUCUUCAAAGUGUCUCUUCUCAUCUCUUCACCUUCCCUAAAGUUCAAUGUCUUCAUUUAAUUUACCAAUAAUUGUUAUUCACAUUGAAAUUUUGUAACGAUUCCGACCUCUUCGUUUCUUCAGCGUCAAAUCUAUAAAUACGCAAUGGUUGAGAGUUUGAUAACCUUCACAAUCACAUUCAGUCUAUAUCCUUUAUCGAGCGUAGAGAUAUUCUGAAAAAAUGUCUUCCUCUGAUGAUGUUGUUGCACAAUGCGCCUUCAACACUCUCCGAGACUCGGUAGCUCUGUCCAGAUCAUUGUUGGUCGUCUACUCCGUUUUUGGGACUCGAAAAACAUCAAGAAGAAAGGUGAAAUCAUGGGAAUCACUCUACUCCUCCUUGAUGAGAAGAAUUCGGAGAUUCCGAUGCUGCAGCUUUGAUAUCAACUUGACCUCGUUCUUGAACUCUACCAUUCCUUGGCCUGUGUUUGUUGACAACCUCUUCACAGCUAUCUUCAUACCAUUCUCCAACACUCCCUGAAGAUAAACAAAACAACUUGUUACUAAACAUUGUUUUAUGCCCUAUUUUAAGCAAUCUGCAGCAGAUUUUUCAUUGUUUUAGUGAUGUGUGAGUCUUCGCUCACAUUCCGUAAUAACUGCUCUGUUUUUUUUUUUCAGGAAACUGAAAACAGAGGAGCUGCGGAGCUCAAAGAACAACUCGACAAUGGCGGCGAAAAGCGGUUUCAGUGGUGAGAGUUAUGGACCACCCUUUCGUGAUCCGGUUCAUCCCCAAACAACCAUUGAUGAAGUUAUCGAGAAUGAUUAUGUCAUCAACCUACAAAUAUGGUUAUUAAGGCAGAGAAGGACGAUGUUUAUCCAAACGCAAUCUACUCAGAAUCCUUCUUCUCUAAUGUUUUAUCCUGGAAAACAAGUAGAGAUCGAAAGUGUUGAUUUUUCUAACGUUUGUUCAGCUUUAGGUUCUCCAUUAACCAAGUCCAUUUACUUCAUCGAUGGUGUGGUUCGAGUUUUCUUUGGGUCAGAUUUCGUCACUGUGACAGUCUGAUGAUGUAUCGUGGGAUAUACUAAAGCCUGAGAUAUUUGCAGCUAUCAUGGAUUUCUACUCUUCUUGCCAGCCUUUGUUUCUGGACUCGCAAGCUGCUGCUGCCAAGGACACAGCGACGAAUCAAAGAAGAACUUUUGGAUUUUUAUAUUUUUCUCGGUUUUGGCGGGAAACGCAAUUUCUCGGUUUUGGCGGAAAAACACAAUUUCUCGGUUUUGGCGGAAAACGCAAUUUCUCGGUUUUGGCAAGGAAACAUAAUUUCUCGGAUUUUGACGGGAAACACUAUUUUUCGGUUUUGGCAGGAAACACAAUUUUUCGAUUUUUGCGGAAAAAUGAAAUUUCUCGAUUUUGAGGGGAAAACAUAGUUUUACAGUUAUGACA